AUGGCUGACAGGAGCCCACGUCCUCUCAGCGCCCAAGGUGUCUAUCUCACUACUAAACAAAGGAAAGCAGAAGAGGGAGAAGGCAAGAACGACAAGCCGAGACGAGCUUCUGCAAGCAUUCCACAUACCACCAUUCAACCUCCGCACACUACCACACUUGAAUCGAAUCGAAAAUACCCUCACACCCACCAUCAAUGCUCUCCUAAUCCUUCCACAGCCACCAUCACCAUCAACACCAACUUUGCAAACAACUCCGACUCCUCCACCAGUAGUACAUCAUCCAAUAGUCCAUUAAGUCCAAUCUUUAGUCCCACUGUACAUCAUCUGAGAUCACCAUCACCUGCCUUUCGAAGGGGAUCUGUUUCAGGAAUGGAAGAACGACGAGCUAGACCACAAUCGAGAUGUUCUUCUGUCAGGGCCAAGAGUCCAAUCCCAAUUGAAGAAAGGCCGCGAUGGGUAGGAGCAUGGUCCUCCAUUGCAGCCGGAACACGAUCUGAGAGUCAGUAUCAAUCCCAAAAUCACCCUCAAUAUCCGAGAUACCCAAGCAAUAAUAGCCAUCUCCCUCCCUCUACAUCAACUUCUUCACCCUCGCCGAAACCUCAAAAACGCCAGCCAUGCAUUAAAAGCCCAAAAUCAGGGGGAGGCACUGCUGGAGGAGCAGGCGAAAGAGGAUCCAAUCAAUCUGAACACAACUCGUCAUCUUCAUCUCCAACAUCUCCUCUUCGGCCUUUUUCGCCACCUCCUCUCAGACCCAAGAGUGGAUUAUCCAAUUAUACAAAGAUUUCGAUUACUACGAAUACAUCACCAAAGUCUCAAUCCGACACUCCCAAAGCCGUACUUCGGAAAUCAAAACGCUACAGUCAUGUCAGUGCGAAGGUAGACAGCGGCCUCAGGAAGUCAGUACAGAAUGUGGGACAAGAACAAAGACAAGAGCAGGAUCACGGACAAAGGAGCAAUGACAAUAAUAAUGAUAAUAAUUGUAAUGAUGCAAAUCUUGCUGAUAGGCCUGUAGUAGAAGGUGACACAACUGAAAUUCCCAGACCAGAGCCAGAAAACGAGGUUGUACGGGUUGAGGUUGUAGAGAGCACAAACAGGUCCAGCUUAAGCUCAGCACCGCCACCAACGCCUGUUGCAUCAAAAGAUCCACCUGCUCUGAUUCGUCGACUCUUUUUUGGCGGUAUGAACAAUACAAGUAUUAUGGCCACCAAGAACACUAGCGAAAACAAUGGUGCAAAAGCUAGAAGCAUCAGCGGCAGUAGUACAAGCGGCAGGAGUAGAAGCAACAGUGAGAGCGGUAGCAGCAUUAACACCAGUGACAGCAACCACACAGAGCCAGACAAUAGUACCACAAAGCCAGAUGAAGCCAGUGCCACUACCACAACUCCAUCUGUAUCAUCAGGCUCGAGGAAUAUGUUCACUUCAUCUUUGACCACUGUCUCAGCCUUCACGGUCACUGCCAACAUGGAUCAUCGAAGCAGCUCCAACAGCACAAAAUCUGCUGGCUCUAGCAUAUUUUCAAAUGAUGAGGCACAACCAUCAUCCGUGAAUGACUCUGUAACAGCGUCCGUCUCUAUCAUUACUGCUACAUCCAUCAUUGAUACGGAAAGAAUGAAACAGGAUUAUCCUACAUCGACGUCUUCCCUGGACGCAGGGCAUGCUAGCUUACGCCAGAUGAAUGCUUCAGGCUCCGGUUCAAGUAAAGCUGCACCAUCGAUUAGAUCAGUAACUUCACCGACAGCGACAUCUGCACAAGAGGCGUUUUUGAAAAUCAUGGAAAAGCAACAGAAGAGUAGUCAGCAACGCUCAGGUCUAGGAGGGUUGUUUGGAGGCUUUCUAGGGUCAUCAAAGCCACGACCACGUUCAUAUCCCUCAACGGGUGAUCCCAAGGCUGCUUCUACUACAACUGGGGCAGCAUCAGAUGGACGUCGAGGCAGUACAAUUGGGAUCGUAGUCGAAAAGUCGAUUGCUGCGAUCACUGCAAAGCCAUCUCGGGAUUAUAUGACCUCAGAUAAUGUCAGCAGCAUCAGCAGUGAAGCCAAUGCCCGUGUUGAUACUAGUGUAGCCGCUAGUACCACCAUGGCUACGACUACAAGUAUAACAACCGUUGCGAUUGCUGAUAGUGCGACUAAAGCCUUUACUAAUACUACAGAUACUAUCUCGAAGCAGCCAGUUCAAAUGCAAAACAUUGAACCAUCUCCUACACAGCAGUCUUCACCAACCUCGAGCUCCAAAAACUUUUUCCGUGAUCUGUUCCGCAGAUCUAAUAACACUCCUUUGAUCCUCUCUACACCUGCUACGCCUUCGGCCCCUACUGCACGCAAACUAACUUCAGCACCAGCACCAGCAUCUAUCGCUCUGACCACCUCAAUCUCUGCUGCUGCUCCUAUUGCUCUUAUGACCUCUGCAACUGCCUCGCCUGUUAUUAGCCAGUAA